AGAAAGGGAGAGAAAGGGAGAGAGAGAGAGAGAGAGAGAGAGAGAGAGAGAGAGAGAGACACCGGGGGGUGUGGGAACUUCACGGUAACGGGAACGGCAGCAGUAACGGUGACGUGAUGUGAUCCUGCGCGGGAUCACGGUAACGUAAGAUCAGCCGCGGAGAAGGAGGAGGAGGAGAGCCGUCGAGGGGAACGCAUCAGACCGUCCAACGGCUCCGAAUCCCCGCAGCAGCAGGGAUGGACGGGUAGGCAGGGAGGAGGCGCGAGGACCGACGGUUGGCUACAUAACGGAGGAGAGAGCGCGAGGAGGAGGAGGAGGAGGAGGAGGGAGGCGCGAGGCGGCGGAGGAGCAGCGCGAGGAGGAGGGAGGAUGAAUUCCGUGGAUGGAGGAGGAGAAGCGGGCCAGGACGGCCUGGCGACGGCAGGUUGUGGUAAAGCAGAGUGUGUUCGGGCCGUGGACGUCCUGACCGUGCUCCGAGAGAAAGUGGCCUUCGUUUCAGGUGGACGGGACAAACGUGGUGGACCCAUCCUCACCUUCCCUGCCAGGACCAAUCACGAUCGAAUAAAACAGGAAGACCUCAGCCGAUUGGUCACUUACCUGGCAACCAUACCCAGUGAGGACGUGCGGGCCCGGGGCUUCACCGUGGUGGUGGACAUGCGUGGCAGUAAGUGGGACAGCGUGAAGCCGGUCCUCCGGACCCUGCAGGAGUCCUUCUCCUCCAGCAUCCACACGGCCCUGCUCAUCAAACCAGACACCUUCUGGCAGAAGCACAAGACCAACCUGGGCAGCGCCAAGCUCAGCUUCGAGACGAGCCUGGUGUCGGUGGAGGGUCUGUCCCGGCUGGUGGACCCCUCCCAGCUGACCUCUGACCUGGGCGGCUCGCUGGAGUACGACCACGUGGAGUGGACCGAGCUGCGUCUGGGUCUGGAGGAGUUCACGGGGGCCGCCACGGCGCUGCUGGCCCAGCUGGAGCAGCUGGAGGCCGGGCUGAACCGCGUCCCCGAGCCACAGGACGUGGACGAGGCCCGCAGACUCCUGGAGGAACAUGGCCGUCUCCGUAACACCAUCUCCACGGCGCCAGUGGACGCCCUGGAGCGAGAGGGGCGGAGCCUGCUGCAACGCAUGCGCCUGGCCCCCCCCCACGGCGAGGCCUCAGCCGACGGCGGAGGCGGCUGCUGUAGUCAUGGCAGUUGGCUGUCGGGCGGCGCCGACUUCCAGAGCGUGGCGCCGAAGGUCUCCUCGCUGCUGGAGCGUCUGCAGGCGGCGCGGGGACACCUGCUGCAGAGCUGGAGCGACAGGAAGCUGCUCCUGGACCAGGGGCUGCAGCUACACCUGUACCAGCAGGACGCUGCCAAGAUGUCGGAGUGGAUUGCUCACAGUAAAGAGCUGUUCAUGCAGAGUCUGGCAGAGGUUGGCCAGAACCACCAGCACGCCCUCGACCUCCAGACACAACACCAGCACUUCACCGCCAACUGCAUGAACGGCAGCGUGAACGUGGACAGCGUGGUCACGGUGGCGGCGCGGCUGGCAGAGGCCGGCCACUACGGGGCCGAGCGGAUCGCCAAGGUGUCGUCGCGGUUACAGGAAGACUGGAAGUCCCUGACGACGGCGCUGGAAGAGCGCAGCAACACGCUCGCCAUGGCAACCGGCUUCCACCAGGGGGCGGAGCAGUUCCUGCUCAGAGUGGAGGGUUGGGUUCAGGCGUGCUCUGAAGGCUCGCUGCCGACGGCAACAGCUGAGCUGGAAGCUGCGACCAAGAAGCACCAGGAGCUCAACGAGGAAAUCUCAGCCAACUACACACAGGUCAGUGAGAGUGGUAAAGCCUUACUAGAAGUUCUCCAGCGAUGUCCGGCGGCCGACUCCGACGAUUCGGCCACCAAACCAGACUUCACUGCUGCCACGCACGGCAUCAUGGGUACUCUGCACCAGGUCAUGCAGGGUCAUCACGAGGUGGAGGGGGCGUGGCAACACCGCAAGCUCCGCCUCCACCAGCGCCUGCAGCUCUGCGUCUUUCAGCAGGAUGUUAGACAGGUGUUGGAUUGGGUGGAGCAGCAUGGCGAGGUCUUCCUGAACAAACACAGUGGCGUGGGGAAGUCUCUGCACCGGGCGCGAGCGCUGCAGAAACGCCACGACGACUUCCAGCAGGUCGCUCAGAACACUUACACUAAUGCAGAGAAGCUUCUGGAAGCAGCUGAUCAGCUGGCUCAGUCUGGAGAGUGCGAGGAAGAGGAGAUCUACCAGGCAGCCAGAGAUCUGGAGCUCCGCAUGCAGGCGUUCAUCCAGAGAGUGGAACAGAGGAAGCUGCUGCUGGACCUCGCUGUGUCUUUCUACACACACACCAAGGAGCUGUCUGUGUGGAUGGACGGCCUCCAGAAGGAGCUCUCCUCAGACGUCCCUGUGUGUCCCGACACCGUUGAUGCUCUGCAGACUCUGAUCAGCCAGCAGCAGCAGCAGCAGGCCAACACACAGGAGGCUGCGAUGAGUGUCAUCCGGGAAGGAGAAGACCUCAUCCUGCAACUCAGGUGCGUUUGUUUCAGGCCCCAGGGCAGCUCGGUGGCCCACGUGGAGACAGUGCUGCAGCAGCUGGAGGAGUCUCACGUCCAGCUGGAGGAACUCUUCCACCAGAGGAAGAUCCGAUUGGACGUUUACCUGCAGCUCCGCAUCCUGCAGCAGUGCACGCUGGAGGUAACGGGGGAAAUAGACGCCUGGAAGCAGGACCUCCACAAACAGUCCCAGGACUUCUCCGCAGAGAAGCUAGCAUCGCCGCGGCUAGCAGACGCAAACCAGGACAAGCUAGCCCAGGACAAGCUAGCAUUGGGCCAGUCGCGUAUGGUGGAGGCUAGCCCGGAGGUGCUAACGCUAGCACAACAGCGCAUCCACAGGCACAUGGAGCGCCGGCUGGCUAUGAACAACAUGAUCUACGAGGUCAUCCAGCAGGGUCACGACCUGCAGCAGUACAUCACAGAGGUCCAGGCCUCAGGUAUAGAGCUGUCAGAGGUGGAGGGAGGUCUCUCCUCUCAGGUGGAGGAGCUGCAGCGCCUCCUGCAGGACAAACAGAAGGAGCUGCAGCAGAUCGCAGAUCACACACACACACACCUGGAGCAGAACCUACAGCUCACACACCUGCAGAGCCAGGUCAAACAGGUGCUGGGUUGGAUCUCGGAGGGCGAGGUCAUGCUGUCGUCCUGCAUGUUGAACUCCAGCUGUCUGUCUGAAGCAGAGCAGCUGCAGCGGGAACACGAGCGCCUCCAGCAGGCCAUCGAGGCUCUGCUGCAUGCUGACUCUCUGCAGAGGACUCACCAGGUGGCCCUGGCUCUGCAGCAGAGAGCUGAGCUGCUGGUCAGGUCGGGUCACUAUGACCCUGAUGCAGUGAGGGCGUGCGCCCAGACGGUGGCGCUGCACUGGCAGACUCUGAUGCUGAGGAUAGAAGACAGACUCAAACUGGUCAACGCCUCCGCAGCUUUCUACAGGACGUCCCAGCAGGUGUGUGGGGUUCUGGAGAGUCUGGAGCAGGAGUACAGGAGGGAGGAGGACUGGUGUGGAGGAGGAGAACGCCAGCCGGAGCUGCUGCUGCCGCUGGUCAGCAAACACAUGGAGCAGAAGGAGGCCUUCCUCAAGGCCUGCACUCUGGCCAGAAGGAACGCUGAAGUUUUCCUCAAGUACAUCCAUCGCAACAGCGUUACCAUGGCGAACAUCUCGGGCCACAGCAUCACCAUCUCCGGGGUAACGGGGGUCAGCGAGGUCACCGGGCACUCCAGGGUACCGGAGCAACAGGUCAAAGGUAUCCUCAGUGAGCUGCUCCAGAGAGAAAACAGAGUUCUUCAUUUCUGGACUUUAAAGAAACGUCGACUGGAUCAAUGCCAGCAGUACCUGAUGUUCCAGAACCACACACAGCAGGCUCUUGAUUGGCUGCAGCAGUCAGGUGACCACUACCUGGCCACGCACACGACGCCGGGGGCAACGGCGGCUGAGACGCAAGAACUGCUGAACCAACACAGAGAGUUCUGUGUGUCUGCUAAGAACACCCAGGAGAAGGUCCACCUGCUGAUCCAGUUGGCAGAGAGCAUGCUGGGUAAAGGCCACGCCCACCGCAACGAGCUGCGCCGCUGCGUCUCCGCCGUCGACAAACGUUACCGCGACUUCACCGUCCGCAUGGGCCAGUACCGCCACCUGCUGGAGGCAGCCCUGGGGGGGGCGGCACAGGACAACAAGGACCUGGAGCUGGAGCUGAUCCCCAACAGCCUGUCUGACUCAGACCCCGAGGUCAACCUGUCUGACCCCGCCCACCAGAUCAGUGACGAGAAGAGGCGCUCCGCCCGCAAGAAGGAGUACAUCAUGGCUGAGCUUCUUCAAACAGAACGAGUCUACGUCAGAGAUCUUCAGGAGUGCAUCGAGACGUACCUGUGGGAGAUGACGAGCGGCUCUGAGGACGUCCCGCUGGGUCUCACCAACAAGGAUGACAUCGUGUUUGGAAACAUCCAGGACAUCUACGAGUUCCACAACAGUAUUUUCCUGAAGGAGCUGGAAAACUACGAGCAGCUUCCCGAGGACGUUGGACAUUGUUUCGUUACCUGGGCUGAUAAGUUCCACAUGUACGUGACGUACUGCCGAAACAAGCCCGACUCCAGUUUACUGAUCCAGCAGCACGGGAUGGGCUUCUUCCAGGAGGUCCAGAGGAGACACGGUCUGACCAACUCCCUCUCCUCCGCUCUGAUUAAGCCGGUUCAGAGGAUCACCAAAUACCAGCUGCUGCUCAAGGAGCUGCUGGCGUGCUGCGAGGAGGGGAAAGGCGAGAUUAAAGAAGGCCUGGACGUGAUGCUGAGCGUCCCCAAGAGAGCCAACGAUGCUAUGCACGUUAGCAUGCUGGAAGGUCUGGAGGAGGGUCUGGAGGUGCAGGGCGAGCUCCUCCUGCAGGACUCCUUCCUGGUGUGGGAGCCCAAGUCUCUGAUCAGGAAGGGGCGGGACCGACACCUCUUCCUGUUCGAGCUGUCACUCAUCUUCAGCAAGGAGAUCAAAGACUCGUCAGGACGAACCAAAUACCUGUACAAGAGCAGACUGAGGACGUCAGAGCUCGGGGUAACAGAGCACAUCGAGGGAGACGCCUGUAAGUUCGCUCUGUGGGUCGGACGGACACCUACAUCAGACAACAAGACGGUCCUGAAGGCUUCCUCUCUGGAGCUGAAGCAGGAGUGGGUCCGCAGCAUCCGCCAGGUGAUCCAGGAGAGGAGGGGCCACCUGAGGGGGGCUCUCAGGGAGCCCAUCCCCCUCCCCAAGACACCUAACCCCACCCUGGGGCGCCAACGCAGCAUCAGCCGCCGGGAGACCAGUGAGGAUGCAGACAGUCUGGGUGAUGCCAGCAGUCAGCCUGACACCGUCUCCAUCGCCUCCCGAACUUCACAAAACACCGCAGACAGUGACAAGCUGUCUGGGGGCUGUGAGCUGGUAGUGGUCCUGGUGGAGGUCUCUGGCGGUCCAGGAGAGCUGAGCGUGCGCUGUGGUCAGACCGUGGAGCUGGUGGAGAGGUCAGCUGAACGGCCCGGGUGGUGUCUGGUCAGAACCACGGAUCAAACGCCCCCUCAGGAGGGUCUGCUGCCGAUGAGCGCCCUCUCUCUGUCCCACUCACACAGCGCUGCUGACAUGGAGGGUCUGAUCCCGCCCUGCACGGCUGCUACGACCACGACCACGACCACGUCCUCCACCACCUCCAACUCCUCCUCCUCCAACGCCAACGCCACCAACGCCGCCAACGCCGCCAGAGACUCGACUCUGUUUGGUUCUGAAGGUCCAGGACUGCAGACGGCGGGCCAAGGCGCCGCCCCCCCCAUGGGGUACGGAGUGGGCGGGGCUCUGGGGGCCGCCACCGCCGCCACGGGCUCCCCGGGGCCCAAACGCAGCGGCUCUGGAACCGGAAACACCCUGAAGCGCUGGCUGACCAGUCCCGUGAGGAGGCUGAGCCAGGGGAAGGCUGACGGACAGAAGAAACCUCCAAUCAGAACCAGGAGGAGGGACAACAGGCCGGAGCAGACCACGCCCCUCAACACCAACACACAAACAAAGGCGAGGAAGGAGGAGGGGGGGCAGAGUGGCGGGGAGGAGGAGCCAGAGGAGGAGAGCCACACUCUUCUUCCUCCACCCAUGCAGAUCAUCAAGGACCCUAACAACCCUGAGGCUCUGGACUCAGAUCAGGGCUCCAACGAGUCGGACAGCGAGCAGCGCAACAAGGCUCUCAGAGGACGCAUGUUUGUGGUGAAUGAGAUGAUCCAAUCAGAGAAGGACUACGUGAAGGACCUGGGCGUGAUUGUGGAGGGCUUCAUGUCGCGGCUGGAGGUGCGAGGGAUCCCGGAGGACAUGAGAGGAAGAGACAAAAUCGUCUUCGGAAACAUCCAGCAGAUCUACGACUGGCACCGCGACUUCUUCCUGGUGGAGUUGGAGCGUUGUGUCCAGAACCACGACCUGCUCGCCGACCUCUUCAUCAGACACGAGAGACGUCUCCACAUGUACGUGGUCUACUGUCAGAAUAAGCCGAGGUCAGAGUUCAUCGUCAUCGAGUACGAGAACUUCUUUGAGGAGAUCCAGCAUGAGAUCAGCUGCAGGAUGUCUAUCAGUGAUUAUCUGAUUAAGCCGAUCCAGAGAAUCACCAAAUACCAGCUGCUGUUAAAGGAUUUUCACAAGUAUACGUCCAAAGCGGGACUCGACUGUGAAGAGAUUGAGAAAGCCGUCGAGCUGAUGUCACUGGUCCCAAAACGCUGCAACGACAUGAUGAACCUGGGACGCCUGCAGGGAUACGAGGGGAAGCUGACGUCUCAGGGGAAGCUGCUGCAGCAGGAGACCUUCUGUGUCUGGGAGCAGGACGGAGGAGUUUUAUCUCGCAGUAAAGAGCGCCGAGUUUUCCUCUUCGAGCAGAUCGUCAUCUUCAGCGAACUGCUGCGCAAAGGCUCCAGUAACCCGGGAUACCAGUUCAAGAACAGCAUCAAGGUGAGUUACCUGGCGAUGCAGGACAGCGUGGACGGGGAUCCCUGUAAGUUCGUGCUGUGGUCUCGAGGCUCGGAGGAACGCUUCACGCUGCAGGCGUCCUCAGCCAGCAUCAAGAUGACCUGGGUGGAGACCAUCUCCACGCUGCUGGACGCACAGAACAACUUCCUGUCAGCUCUCCAGUCUCCCAUCGAGUACCAGAGGAAAGAGGGCGGGAUCUCCGUGACCCGGCCGUUGUCGUCAGGGCGACCGCCGUCGGCCCCGCCUACGCCCAACGGCCACGCCACUCAGCCUCCGCCCGACAGCGAGCAGGAAGACCAGGAGCUGGUGCUGGUGCAGCAGGACUUCGUGGCGGUCCGGGAGGACGAGAUCUCCGUGUUUCGGGGGGAGAAGGUCCAGAUCCUGGCGUCCAACCAGCAGGGCCAGAGUCUGGUGUACCGGCCGGCCAACAGCGAUUCGCCGGCCGCAGAGGGCUGGGUGGCACGCAGCGCCCUCCACACACACUGACACACACACACACACACACACACACACACACACACACAC